AUGGCUUAUCCUCUGCGCCAGCCCCGCCGCAACCAUCUCCAUCUCCGCCCAACAACCUCGGCAAGAGGGGGCACAGAAACGCUGCUACAGGCCAAGCGCACGUGCCAUGGCGUCUCUGGCAUGAUGCACAAGGAAGGCGGGGACAAGGAAGGCGUGGGUGGUUGGGGUGAGACAGCGGUGGAAUGGGGGGCUUAUCCUCUGUGCCAGCCCCGCCACAACCAUCUCCAUCUCCGCCUGCCAGGCAUGACGCACACACAGGUGAUGGGUGGGAGGGAAAGGAAGGGUCAGAGUGGGGAGAGCGGGAAGUUAGUGGCGUCAGCCUCGCUGCCGCCAUCUCCAUCUCCGCCUGCCGGUGUGCACUGUAUGCAGGCAUGGGCAGGAUGGGAUGAGGGGCGAGCGGAGGGGGAAGGGGGGGGGGGGGGGGGAGUUGGGGGCAUCCAAAAGGGGGCAACAGGAGUUGAGUGCGGUGGUGUUGGCCCCGCCGCCACCAUCUCCAUAUCCGCCUGCCAGGCAGGCAUGGCCGGGAGGGGGGGGGAUUGGAGGGACGAGUGGGUAGAGGCGUCAGAGAUGGGGAAUUGGAGGGACGAGUGGGUAGAGGCGUCAGAGAGGGGGGAUUGGAGGGACGAGUGGGUAGAGGCGUCAGAGAGGGGGGAUUGGAGGGACGAGUGGGUAGAGGCGUCAGAGAGGGGGGAUUGGAGGGACGAGUGGGUAGAGGCGUCAGAGAGGGGGGAUUGGAGGGACGAGUGGGUAGAGGCGUCAGAGAGGGGGGAAUGGAGGGACGAGUGGGUAGAGGCGUCAGAGAGGGGGGAUUGGAGGGACGAGUGGGUAGAGGCGUCAGAGAGGGGGGAUUGGAGGGACGAGUGGGUAGAGGCGUCAGAGAGGGGGGAUUCGAGGGACGAGUGGGUAGAGGCGUCAGGGAUGGGGGAUUGGAGGGACGAGUGGGUAGAGGCGUCAGAGAUGGGGGAUUGGAGGGACGAGUGGGUAGAGGCGUCAGAGAUGGGGGAUUGGAGGGACGAGUGGGUAGAGGCGUCAGAGAUGGGGGAUUGGAGGGACGAGUGGGUAGAGGCGUCAGAGAGGGGGGAUUAG